UCCAAGACUGCUCUUCCUAACUCAGCUUUAGAGUCCUGAAACCUCAACACAUGUAGUUCCUGGAGCUGCCGUUGUAUUACAAUGUCAUCUUCACCUUCAUAUUCUAACUGGGACAACCUCUUAGAUUCUGUCUCUCUCAACAUGAUAUGGAACUGGAUACAAACAACUUUUCUGGGAGAGACAACUAUGACUCAGCAAACCAAUUUGGGGAUGAUAGAUCAUUUUGCUCCAGUUGUCCAACUUAUCCUACGGGUUUCCUUUUUUAUUUUAUUGGCAUUAGGAUUAUUUGCCUUGUGGAAACGAAGCGUUCGGUCACUUCAGAAAAUAUUGCUGUUUGUAGUCACACUCUACCAACUUUACAAGAAGGGCUCAGAUUUUUUUCAGGCUUUGCUAGCAAACCCAGAAGAAGUUGGACACAAGAGUCAAGAGAGUGGUAACAUCUUCCUGUCCUUGGGUCUGCAAGAGAAAAUUCUGAAAAAACUUCAGACAGUAGAAAGCAAAAUGAAGGAUCUGGAGGGAAUGAUCAUUGCCCAAAAGCCUGCCACAAAGAGGGAGUGCUCCUCUGAGCACUAUUGCAGCUGCUCUGACUGCCAGAGUCCCCUGCUCACAUCAGGAUUUACUUCCACACUUGAAAUGUGAUGGACUCCAGUCUUUGUCAGAGAAGCACUGUUUCCCUCGUGUGUGGUGGUGAAUUAACA